CACCAAAAAAUUAUUCAACCAGAUCGGACAUAGACCGGUCAAUACUUAACUGAUAUAUAUAUAUAUAAUUCAUAAGGUUUGUAUACACCUAAAUUAUUAGGUAGUUAACUAAUAUAAUACAUAUAUAUAUAUAAAUAUAGAAAAUCAACAAAACUAUGGCAUUGGAUACUUUAGACUUAUCAGUAUUUAUUGCACUAGCCGUAGCAGUAUUGGCUUAUCUCGCUAAACAGAAAUUAUUUCCAACUAAAGAUGAUUCAGGAUUCCUUCCAGCUAGUAGUAAUUCAGGUAGAAAUCUUUUAGAAACUAUUAAAAGAAAUGGGAAAAAUACUCUUGUAUUUUAUGGAUCUCAAACAGGAACUGCUGAAGAUUAUGCAUCUAAAUUAUCUAAAGAAUUAAGUUCAAGAUUUGGAUUAAAAUCAAUGACUGUGGAUUUUUCAGAUUAUGAUUUUGAUAAUUUUGGUGAUAUUCCUAAUGAUAUUUUAUGUUUUUAUUUGGUAGCAACUUAUGGAGAAGGUGAACCAACUGAUAAUGCUAAUGAAUUUGUUGAAUGGUUAGAAAAUGAAGCUGAUAAUUUAUCAAGUUUAAAAUAUACUGUAUUCGGAUUAGGUAAUUCAACUUAUGAAUUUUAUAAUUCAAUGGGUAGAAAAUUAAAUGAAAAAUUCGAAGAAUUAGGGGCUGAAAGAUUUGCAACUUAUGGUGAAGGUGAUGAUGGUAAAGGUACUUUAGAUGAAGAUUUUUUAACUUGGAAAGAAUCAGUAUUUGAUACAUUAAAGAAUGAAUUAGAUUUUGAAGAAAAGGAAUUAACUUAUGAACCAGGUUUAAAACUUGAAGAAAGUGAUUUCUUAACCAUUGAUGAUUCUGAAGUAUCACUUGGUGAACCAAAUAAAUCUUAUAUUACUGGAACUAAAGAUUUAUCAAAGGGACCAUUUGAUCAUUCUCAUCCAUAUUUAGCUCAAAUUACUAAAUCAAGAGAAUUAUUUACUAGUAAUGAUAGAAGUUGUGUUCAUAUUGAAUUUGAUAUAUCUAACUCAAAUUUAAGAUAUUCUACUGGUGAUCAUUUAGCAGUUUGGCCAUCAAAUUCAAAUGAAAAUAUUGAAACUUUUAUAAAAGCAUUUGGUUUAGAAUCUAAGAAUGAUACCGUUUUCCAAUUGAAAAAGUUAGAUCCUACCAUUGCAAUUCCUUUCCCAACUCCAAUUACUUAUGGUGCAGUUAUUAGACAUCAUUUAGAAAUUUCAGGUCCUGUUUCUAGACAAUUUUUAUCAGCUAUUGCAAGUUUUGCUCCUGAUGAUGCUAGUAAACAAAGGGCUAAUAAAAUUGGUAAUGAUAAAGCAAUUUUUGCUCAAGAAAUAACUCAAAAUUUAUUUAAUAUUGCUGAUACUUUAUUAUAUGUUUCUCAAGGUAAACCUUGGACUAAAGUACCAUUUGAAUAUCUUAUUGAAAAUGUGGCUCAUUUACAACCUCGUUAUUAUUCUAUUUCUUCUUCUUCAUUAAGUGAAAAGACUACCAUUAAUGUUACAGCUGUUAUUGAAACAGAAAAGAAAGAUAAUCGUUGGGUAACUGGAGUAGUUACAAAUUUAUUAAAAAAUAUUGAAAUUGUUCAAAAUAAAUCAUCUGAUAAACCAGUUGUUACUUAUGACUUAAAAGGUCCAAGAGGUAAAUUCUCUAACUUUAAAUUACCUGUUCAUGUUAGAAGAUCAACAUUUAAAUUACCAUCAAAUCCAAAUAUUCCUGUUAUAUUAGUAGGACCAGGUACUGGUGUUGCACCAUUAAGAGGAUUUAUUAGAGAUAGAAUUCAACAAAAGAAGAAUGGAUCAACUAUAGGUGAAACUUUAUUAUUUUAUGGAUGUAGAAAUGAAAAUGAAGAUUUCUUAUAUAAGGAAGAAUGGCCAGAAUAUGCUAAAGAAUUAGGAGAAAGUUUUGAAAUAUUUACUGCCUUUUCAAGACAUGAUCCAAAUAAAAAAGUUUAUGUUCAACAUAAGAUCUUAGAACAAAAGGAUAAGAUAAAUAAAUUAUUAGAAUCAGGAGCAUUCAUUUAUGUUUGUGGUGAUGCAUCCCAUAUGGCAAGAGAUGUACAAGCUAGUUUUAGUAAGAUUUUAGCUGAAGGUAGAGGUAUAUCUGAAGAAAAGGCUGGUGAAUUAGUUAGAUCAUUCAAAGUUCAAAAUAGAUAUCAAGAAGAUGUUUGGUAAUUGUAUGAUUGGUACGUUGUUUCUAUAAUAAUAGUAAUAGUAAUAGUAAUAAUAACUAUAAUUACAAUAAUAAUAAUAAUAAUAUGAAUAGAAAUAAUAUUAAAGAUCGUAGUCUAAUAAUCC